GAAUAAAGAACAAUGAUUACAAGCUUGUUAGAAAGUGGAACCGUACUUCCUUUGCAUACUGAGAACGUAUUCUUUUUUUGAAUGGGAAGAUUUAAAAUCCUAAGACUAUGCUACGUUAUGUUUUGUUACGAUUAUGAGGUCAUCAUAAAGAAAACAUCUGAUGCACACAAGCGAAUGCAUUACGUGUAUUAACAUAACACCGACCAUGACUGUAAUUGAUUUUUUUUUUAUGUGGCAUGAGAAACCUUGUUAGUGCUCAGUAAGUAGGUUGCAUUGUCUUAAGCCUACUUGUAAUUCUUAUGUGUGUAAAUAUUUAUGUAGUAAGCAUUGAUUUGUAGAAUGGAAGAUAUAUUUCUGUCGACAAAGCCGUCAGAGAUGGCUGAUACCCUUGACCCCUUGUCUCCGAACACAACCACCUCACCAGGGAGAGGAGUCUUCAAUAAAUUACGCAUGAGGUUCUGCAGGGCAGUGCCCAUCAGCAGGUCCAAUGGAGAAGGCUAUGUGGAAUUCGGCGAGUUCCGCGCGGAGCACCCUGGCGUCAAGAAAGUGGGCACUUUCGCCGGCGUAUUCUGUCCAGUCGUGCUGUCCAUGUUCAGUGCGCUCAUAUUUAUACGAAUGGGUUACCUAGUAGGCAACGCUGGGCUCCUGGUAACGCUUGCGCAGUUCGGCAUGGCGUAUCUCAUAGUGGUGUUCACCGUGACAUCUAUUUGCGCCAUAUCCACCAACGGAGCGGUGGAGGGCGGCGGAGUUUAUUUCAUGAUAAGUAGAACGCUAGGCCCCGAGUUCGGCGGAGCGAUAGGCACGCUGUUCUUCUUCGCUAACGUCGUGUCGAGCGCGCUGUGCGUAUCCGCCUGUACUGAAGCACUAAUUGAGAACUUUGGGACUAAUGGGUACCUGCUGCACGGCAGCCCGGGCAUCCCGGACGGCUGGUGGUACCGCUUCCUGUACCGCUCCAGCCUGAACGCGGCGGGGCUGUGCGUGUCGCUGGCGGGCGCGGCGCUGUUCGCGCGCACCAGCCUCGCCAUCUGGCUCACCAUGCUCGUGUGCCUCUCCAGCGCCUUCCUCAGCUUCUUCAUCACGCCGGCUUCCAUGGUAGACAAACCCGACACAAACCACCUGAUCAAUGACACAACGCUGAGCUACACUGGACUGAGCUCCGCCACGCUGGUUUCGAACCUGUACCCCUCGUACGGGAGAGACUACACGACAUCCGACGGGCAGAUGGUCGACUUCGCGUCGGUGUUCGGGGUGCUAUUCACUGGAGUGACUGGAGUCAUGGCUGGCGCUAAUAUGAGCGGUGAACUGAAGAACCCGUCCCGCAGCAUUCCCCUGGGCACCCUGACUGCCUUACUGUUUACUGCGAUAUCGUACUUCGCGCUCAGCAUUCUGACGGCCGCCACCUGCUCCAGGGAACUGCUGCAGAACAACUACGUGUACCUUCUGCCCAUUAACGUGUGGCCGCCUUUUAUUGCCGUUGGCAUGCUAAUGGCAACUUUCUCAGCUGGUCUUUCUAAUUUAAUUGGAGCCUCAAGAGUGCUGGAAGCUUUGGCUAAAGAUAAUAUAUUUGGUUUCCUCCUCCGUCCGAUGGUAUCUCGCUCCGGUAACCCUGUGGUGGCCGUGAUCACGUCCUGGCUGCUGGUACAACUCGGUGUGAUGGUGGACUCGCUGAACGCCAUUGCGCAGAUCAACACGGUGCUCUUCAUGACGAGCUACUUCGCCAUUAACCUCGCCUGUCUCGGACUAGAUCUCGCUUCUGCGCCUAACUUCAGGCCGACGUUCAAGCAGUUCUCGUGGGUGACGUCGCUGUGCGGGCUGGUGGGCGGCGCGCUGCUGAUGUUCUCGCUGCGGCCGCUGCACGCGGGCGGCGCGGCGCUGGCCGUGCUGGCGCUGGUGCUGGCGCUGCACGUGCUGUCGCCCGCCGCCGCAGACCCCAAGUGGGGCAGCCUCAGCCAGGCGCUCAUCUUCCAUCAGGUGAGAAAGUACCUGCUCUUGCUGGAUCCUCGUCGGGAACACGUGAAGUUCUGGAGACCUCAGAUGCUGUUGCUGGUCGCUUCGCCGCGGCAAUCUGCGCCGCUCAUCGACUUCGUCAACGACCAGAAAAAGGGUGGUCUGUUCGUGGUGGGACACGUGAGGGUCGGCCAGCUGGACGGCACGGGAGAUCCGCUUGCGUCUGAACACAAGUACUGGCUCAAGCUAAUCGACCAUUUAAAGGUGAAGGCGUUCGUGGAGCUGUGCCUGGCGGAGUCGCUGCGGGGCGGCGCGGCGCACCUCACGCGCCUGGCGGGGCUCGGCGCCAUGAAGCCCGACACCGUGCUGCUGGGCUUCCGCGACCACGCGCCGCCCCGGGACUUCUUCCGCGAACUGUCAUCCCCGUACAAGACGGAUAUAUUCGACCUGGAAAACGGCGAGGUGAUAUUCCCGGUGCGACGAGUGAACGCGUCGAUAUCGGCGCGUGAGUACGUGCGCGUGGUGUCGGACGUGCUGUGCGUCGGCAAGAACGUGUGCCUCUGCAGACACUUCCAGAGCCUCGACAUGGCCGCCGUCGAGAGGAAGUCGUCGCCGGUGCGCUACAUCGACGUGUGGGCGGCGAGCGCCGUGGGCGCGUCGACGCCGCGCGGCGCGGACGCGUUCAGCGUGCGCGGGCUGUUCGCGCUGCAGCUGGCCGCCGUGGUGCGCUCGGCGCGCGGCUGGCAGCGCCUGCGCCUGCGCCUCUUCGCGCCGCCCGACCACGCGCGCGCGCCCACCGCCAUGCACGAAGCAGGACGUACAGUGACGCUCGAGUCGGAGCGGUCGUCGGAGCCGGCGGCGACGCGUCCGCUGCGGGACCGCCUCGAGGAACUCCUCAAGUUGCUGCGCAUCAACGCCUCUAUACACAUCGUGGAAGAUUGGCCUAAACUGGAAUUAAACAGAUGGUCUGGAGACGAGGAGGAAGACGAGAACAGCGUGUACCAACGCAUACCGAUGAGCUAUGUUAAAACUCUAAACAGUAUAAUAAAGGAUCGUUGUGCGGAGGGCACGGCGGUGACGUUCGUGCAGCUCCCCCCUCCGCCCGUGCUGCCCGCCACUGAGUCCCUCGCUGACGAACCCGUCUGCGAACAGUAUUUGAAGGUAUUAGAUGAACUCACAAGGGAUCUCUCUCCGACCAUACUCGUAAGGGGCUUGAAAUCCGUCACAUCGACGGCUUUAUAAACGUUACUCAAAUUAGAUUUAAUAAGCACAAUCGGAACUGGUUUCUUUCUUUCUUUCUUCUUCUUCAAUAUUCGUGCCAAAUGACAUGUCAGUUAUACAGAUCAUUCUAUUCGUAUAAUAAAUUAUCCCAUGCGUGGACGAGUCUUCUCUACUAAAGGGUGGGGUUAGACCCAACUACGGCAUAAGCUCCACUUCUCUCAAUUUCAAGUCCAUUGCUCAACAUAGGCCAGCUCUAAACAGUAGCGAGCUUACCGGAUGCGAGAUUCUAGGCAGCAUAUUUUUGUACAGCUUUUUUAAACAAUAGCCGAAAGGUGAAAUAUUUUUUCUUGCCCUUAGCAAGCGCGAGAUUUCCAAAGUAUAAGGGUCUGAGUGAUUGACCGUUGGAUACCCCCUAAUGACACUGCUGUUCAUAGAUUUGUAGAUCAGUCUAUAAGAGGCAGUUUGCGUCCAGCAACUACAUUAUACUAUUUUCUUCUAUUACCCUAUACUUGGUUUCUAUAAUUAUUUUUGACUGAUUUGACUUUGAAACUUGUAGUUAAAACUGGUUCCGAUUAGUUACUGCUCGAGCCACUUGGCUGAGUGUAGCGUAAUUAUAUGAGCUGUCAUUUACAUUGGCGCUUUAUUGUAGACACGAAGUUACACCAAGAAUUACCUAACACUAACAUGUAUAUUUUGAUAAGUAGCGGCUGAAAAAGACUUGGUCUAAUAGAAAACGCUCAAAUUUAUGUGGAAGGAUUUUUUUAGCCAAGGAUAUCUCCUAGACACGGUUUAGAGCCAUUUUCAAAAGCCAAUCAUUUAUAAUCUUUAAAAAGUUGUUCCUGGAAAAUUGUUUGUUUAAUCAGAUAAAAAAAUAGAGGCUCUGAGAUUUUGGCAUGUAGAGGCUUGAGGCUUGUGUCUUGUGUUCCUUUAGGGCAAAGGACAUUCAAUAUUUGUCUCGACGCGGGCAUCAAACCCGCGAACGGUUACAAUGUCAAUAAUAAAGCGAUAAUUUAAA